AUGGCGAACGCACGAAUAUUGGGAAUAGUAGCAGCAGCUCUAAUCGGUGCUGCUUGGGUUUUCUAUGUUGCAGGUAAUGCGGCGCCAUCAUGGAUUGGCCCGAAUGGGUACAGCACGGGGCUCUGGCAAACGUGUUAUUCUGGGCAGUGUAGCCAAUUGGAUAAUUCUUCUCCAAUAGAUUCGAAGUUACAGGCUGCAAGAGCAUUCAUGACACUAGCCUGUAUCGUCACGCCUUUUGCAGCUGGGUGUCUAAUGUUUGUUAUUGUCAUGAAUAAAUUCGAGUCACUAUUUCUCUGGAUUGGUAAAGGCUUGUCUAGCGUAUCAUUUAUAUUUGGUCUCAUUGGUAUGGCAACGGGUAUUAGUUAUUUCAAUAGUUCAAGUAGUGUAUCACUGGGCGCAGCUGCUGGCGUCAGCAUAGUGGGAGUCAUUUUAAAUUUUAUAGGUGCGAUUGCUGCUGGCUUCAUACAAGCCGCAUAA